UUGUAUUCUGCUUUGUUAAUUUUUUUUUAAUUGAAUAUUUUUUAUCAAGUGUAAUUUAUUAAAAUGUUUAAAAAAUAAUAUUUAGAAAGUUAUUCAAGACAAUACCACUAUAAAUAUAAAUAAUAUUGCUUAAUUUAGUAAAAGAAAUUAUUAAAUAUAAUUAAAUGGAUUCUUUUUAUGCAUCUAAGGAUAAUGUUCAGUCUAUUGAAACACAUUUUUGGACACUUGGUGAUUUUAUUGAAAAGCGAACUAAUUGGAGUCAGAAUGAUGAAGUUCGAUUAGUUAAAUACCUUGAGCAAUUAUCAAAUAAAAUAGCUCAAGGUGCAAAAAAUACAUUAAAUGAAAUAGAUGAUUUGGUUGAUUAUGCUGAUAAUACAGCAAUUAAAAUAGCAAAUAUUAACAAUGAGUUUCAGCUGUUAGCUGAAAAACAAUUUAUUGAAAACAAAGUUCAAGAAGAAGAUGAAACUGUACAAAUAACAUCAGAGAAAACAAAAACUGUUAUACAAGAGAAUAGUGAUGAUGAAAAAUUGGUUGAAAACCUAAAAACUACUUUAAAAAAUAGUUUUAAUGUGAUUAAAACUCAUUUUGAAAAAGUCACUAUUGUUGUUAGUGAUUCUGAUGAUGACGAUUUAAAACAUGAAGAAACCAUUUUAAGACCACGUAAAUUUUAUAAAAAAUUGCAACUACCUACUUUUACUGGAAUCUUACAAUCUGAAGUGGAAGAGGUUAAUGACAUGUCUUCAGAUUCUGAUUAUGAUAUUAAAAAAUCAAAAUCAUUUGAAAAAGAGGAAUCAUUAUCCAGUAAUGAAGUAAUUGAAACUAAAAGUGAUACACUAAUGUUUAUGGAUGAAAAUAAUCAAAUGAAAUGUAAUUCACAAAUAGAAGUAAAUAGUCAAAAUAGUGAGCCCCAAAUAUUAAAAUCUACUCCAGAGUCAAGAAGUAUAAUUGAAGAUGUAUUUAGUCCACCUCCAUUAAAUGAUAAUGAAGAUGAAGAUGACAACGAUUAUAAUAUAUUUGGUCAAUAUUCUAAAAGUGACAUGUAUGGAGAUCAAAAUUUAUGGGAUGACAACGAAAGUGAAUUAUCUCACGAACCUCCAUUACCUGUUUGCACAGAUAAUUUUACUGAUAAAUUUAUUCAGCCAGUUAAAGAUGAAAAUCAUUUGAUAUCUGAUGUUCAACAAUCAUUGAAUGAUGAACUUCGCAAACGAUUCCAUAAGGAUAUCUUAUCAGCUGAUAAUAUGAAUAAUGUAAAAAUUCAACCAGAUGAACCCUCUCUUAAAAUUAAAUUACCUAAGGGAGCUGUAAAUGUAUUAGGAGGAUCUUUUAAUAAAAGUUUAAAUCAAGCUUAUAAACAAACUCCUAAUAUUGAGUUGCCAAAUGAGAACCAAAAUGAAUUUUAUAAUAUAAAUCAAACAGUCAACAACAAAAAAACAAUUGUUUCAUCAUCAUCUGAUCAGUCAAUACAAAUCAUUACAUCUGAUGUUGGUAUUUCUGUACAUAAGGAAAAAAAUUCUAACAAAAAGAAAUCAUUUUUUGAUCCUGAAUCUGAAGAUGAAGAUCUGUUUACUAGUAAAUCAAAUGUAACUGUUGUUGAAUCAGAUUUAAAAAAGAAAAAAGAAGUUUCUACAAAUAUUGAUUCAGAAUCGAUAGAUAUAGUCUCUGAGUAUGACUCCGAAAAACCCUUAUUUGAAUCUAAUUCAACUAAUAAAUCAAAACAAAUCAAAAGUAAAAUUGAAUUUUCUGAAUAUUUAUCCGAUAAUGAUGAUUUAUUCAAUGAAAAGCCUUCAAUUAUUCAAGACUUAAGAAAAAUAGAAGACAAAAAAAAUAGAAAAUUGAAGUCUGCAGCAGAAACUACAGAAAAUUAUUAUAAAAAUAAAUCAAACAAUAAUAAUUCUACUUCACUUUUAAAUAAUAAAAUCAAAGAAAAUACACAAAAGAAUUUAAUUCUUUCAUUGCCUAAAGAUACAAAAAAAUCUAUAUUUUUAUUUUCAUCUGAUGAAGAAGAUGAUUUAUUCAAUGUUGAAAACUCAAAAGUUAAUGUUUCAAAAAUUGUAGAAAAUCAACAUUCAAAAGUAUCUAAUAAUUUAUCUACUAUAAAAAGUAAAACAAAAGUUGAAUUAUUUGAUUCUUCAUCUGAUGAAGACUUAUUUAGUAUUAGUAAAUCAAAUAAAAAUAAGAAAAUUAUAGCAACUAAUGAAAAAAAAUCAAUCAUAGAGGCAUCAUUAGAUGAUAAGAUUAGUAGUGAAGUACAAAGUACAGAUACAUUCAAUCAAACAACUGUAGACCAAUUUAAUAGUAGUGUGGAUAAAUUAGCCAGAUCUGCUAUUAUUUCUAAUCAAGUUUUUAAUGAAAAUAAAAAUGUAUUAUCUGUCGAAAUUUCUGAUAAAUUAAAACAUUCAAAUAAUAGUAAAAAUAUUGAUUUAAAAGUAAACGAUAAUCUAAAUUCUUCAGAAGAGGAAUUUUUCAGCCCCGUAUCAAAUUUUGAACAAUUUAAUGAUAAAAAUUUCUCUCAAAAUAACAAUUUUGCUUGUAACAAUAUUGAAAAUUCAAAUGAAUGUGAUAAUAAACUAACUUCAGAUAAAAAAGAAAAAAACAAUUUUCAAAAUAUUGUAACUAAUAAAAUGUUUAAACAGAAUGAACUAUCAUCCAUAUUAAGCAGUGAUGAUGAAGAACUUUUUACCUCUAAACUAAAAAAUUUUGUAGAGAGUAAAAAUAAUAAUCAAGUGUCAGAAAUGAAUAGCACAUUAUCAUUUAAUAAAGUGAAGCAGAUAGAAUCCAAUGAUUCAUUUGAUGGUGCUAUUAUUAGUUCACAAAAAUUAAGCAAUGAACCACCAACAAAGUUGCCAGGUAAAUUACCCAAAAAUAUGGGUUCUUUUAUUAAUAUUACAAGUUUAAGUCCUAAUUCAUUGCAGUCUUCAAAACUAUCAAAAUCAGAUACAGAAAAUUCUAUAGAGAAUUUAGAUGAUUUACCGAAUUCUGAAGCCAAAUUAUAUAGUGCUGGAAAAGAAAGAGUUAAAAUACAAGUAAAACGAAGACCACAGAGUCGUAAAGCAAGACAAACUGCUGCUCAUAUGUCAUCAAUUGUAUUUGAAAAUAAUUUUAAUUUGCCAGGAAAUUCUCAUAAGGAUGAUUUAACUUCAGAUUUUGUGGAUCAGUCGACAUCAGUUAUAUCAAAUGAUAAUGAGUCUAACUUAAAACAAAAUUGUAAUGUUGUUGCUACACCAAAGUGUGAUGUAUUAGAAUCUGGCUCUGUAAAUAUUAAUUCAAGUUCUGAUCUAGAAAAUAUUAAGAAAAAUUCCAUAAAAUCAAGUGAAAAUAUUUUAAAAAAAUUCGAUUUAGAUACUCUAAGUGAUGAUGAUGGAGAUAUAUUUGAAUCUUUAAUGCCACCUCAUUUUAAUAAAAAUCUACAUAAAACUACCAAAAUCUAUAACUCAAAUGAAAAAAGUAAGGAGAUAGUUGAAUCAAAUUUUGAAAAAAAUACAAUUGAUUUAGCUAAAGACUUGUAUUUAGUUGAUGAUUGUUGUAAUAACGAUAAUAUAUUUGAGCCUAAUAAAGAGAUAAGUAUUACUGAUGAAUGUAAUAUUCAAAACAAAAUAAUAAUUACAGAAACACAAUCAGACAAUAUAAAAGAAGAAGUUAUUAAUGUUAAAACUAAAAUAAUAAAAGGAAUUAUGAAUACAGAUAUACCAUCAUUUUUAGAAACUGAAAAUUCUUUAAAAACAAAUAACUCUUUUAACCAAAAUGGAAUGACAGAAAAAAAAGAUAAAAUUAUAGAAAUAAAAUCAACUGUUAGUAAUAUAAGUUCAAACACAGCAACAAAUAUGACGGAAAAGAAAAAAGGUGACUCUUUAUUUUCAUUUGAUGAAGAUGAUGAUGAUGAUGAUGAUGAGAGUUAUAUUUUCUUUUCAAAAUCAAGAAAAGCUAAGAAAGUCACAUCAAACUUAUUUGAUAGUGAUGAUGAUUUAGAUUUUAAUCAAAAAUUCAAAAAUAAAUCUAAAGAUAAUCUUACUAAAACACAAUCUCUGUUUGAUGAUUCAAGUGAUGAUGAUUUAUUUGAUAAUACGAGUAAAACGACUAGUGUUAAUGAAAAAUUUGCAAAGAAACCUACAGAACAUAGCAAUCGAGUUAGUUUUGAUGGUUAUGUAAAACUUACAGCUGAAGGUGUUGCUUCUAAUCCUUUAGACAAUAAGGAAUAAAAGAACUUUUAUUAUAUUAUUUAUAGAUAUUAAAAUAGUCUUAUAUUCAUACAAAUAAAAACAUCUAACUUAUAUUAUGUAAUUAUAUAAUAUAUAAUUUUGAGUUAAAAUCAUUAAUUUUUUCAUUGAACUAUAGUUUAAACAUUCCAUUUUAUUAUUUUUAUGAUACAUUAUUUACAUCCAUUAUUGUUUAACUCUUAUUAUUUAUUUUAUUUUAUUUUAUUAUUUGUUAAUGUAAUAGUUAUUAUACAAUUUUUAUUAGUGUUGGAUAUUUAGCAAUCAGAUUUUCUAUUGUUUGUUUUGUUAUUGUUCAAUUAUUAUAUAUUUUUAUGAAAAAUUUUAAGGUUUUUAUGAAAUAUGUGUAACUAUACUUAAGAUGCAUGUAUAAUAGUAAUAAUAUUCUAUCUUCUUCUUUUUCUUCAACUUACUCCCAACUACUUGAGGUCGGCCACCUCAAUCCACCACCCUGGACCUUUAUAUAGGUCUCCAUCUUGCCUUACUAAUCCCCUUACAUGGCAUCUAAUUUUCAAAAUGAAAAGGACAUACUUUAGGUACUUUUAAAGAAAUCUGAUUAAGUUAAUACAUUUUUGAAAAUUUUAUAAUAUCAAUUUGAAAU